GUUGCUUGGGUUUCGGCACCCGUUCGCGGAAUUACUUGCCGCCAGUGAAAGAUCCAAACUUCAAAGACAAGGCUCCCAUCCUCUCGUCCACUGCCAUCUCUCUUCUGUACUCCCAUCAUCUCUCCCUUCAUCGUCUCUUCAUCCUUUUCGAUAGUACAAUGGGCAGGAGAAAAAUUGAGAUUCAACCGAUCACUCACGAGCGUAAUCGUUCAGUGACUUUUUUAAAGCGUAAGAAUGGCGUCCUCUGCUCUGUAGAUGUCGCCGUCGUUAUCUUUGGCGAGUUCUUUUUCAUGUCUCAUAUGUGUGAACGCGCGGGUCAUCACUUGAAACUUUAUCAAUAUUGUUCUGGCGACAUCCACGAUAUCAUUCAGCGUCACGUUCGUUACGACGGAGAGAAGGACACCCGAACUCCGCACGAUUUCGCGAACAACGCUAAUGCCAAACUUAAUCAUGACGCUGAUAUUGACGAUGACGAGGGCGACGACGACGACGACCCAGAUUCUGCUCCCACACGUGGAGGCAAGAGGCGCCACGAGCCCAAGUUGAAAUCGGAAUAUGGUAACAACGGGAAACUUCUGAUUCCUUCAGGAGGUGACAUGGGUCUAAACGUCGAUAUGGCUGAUUAUCACCGUCCUAUGACCAUCCCUCCCCCUCCUAUGCCCCUUCAUCACUCGUCGCAGCUUCCAUCGGUUGGUGGGGGAUCUGCACUUCCUAUUUCCACAGAACGCCAUUCGUCUUCCGGUCGCUCUCAAAAGAAGCCCCGUCUAGCACCUAACGUUCAUGGAGCCAAUGGGUCCAAGCUUUCGGGGGACGAGUCUAUGUACAAUAAUUAUCUCCCCUCACCCACGUCAGCUCAUUCUACUGCAUAUCGAUCAAACGGUCCAUCGUCUCACCAACUUCCGUAUAACGGAUAUAUGGGAGUGUCAAACAGUCCCCCGCAGUCCUUCCUGCCGUCGAAUUUCGACUUCCCGUCCUCGUCGUCGCGAGGCUCUAAUUUACCGCGUAAUAAUAGCUACAGCAGCCAACGGUCAUCGUAUUCUCAACCUCAGGACCCCCAAUUACAGGGAAUGUAUCACCAGUUAAUGCGGCAGAAUCACCCGCAUGGUCAACAUUCCCACUCAAGCGGUUUACAUUCCCAGCAGUCUCCAGACUCCUUGUUAUCCACAUUUCUAGACAAUGAUGAACAUCGGCAGCCGCAAAACACAGGUCCACAAUACGCGCCGCUUGAUUGGCCCUCCCAUGGGCCACCACAGCCGCCGCUGCCACCCCCGUCGCAACCACCACAGCAAGAAUCAGGGCCUCCUGGAGACCCUAGUUGGCUAGAUUUCCUGUCGCAGAAUGGAUCUCAAUCAGGCGCCCAACAGCUCCAUAUGACACUGCCUCCCGCUAGUGGGCGAGAUGGUCUCUCAUGGGAACGAGAUCGUGAUGCAGAGCAUUACUCCGCUGAACGCGGUGGUGACCUUCAUCCAGAUAAGUCUUCCAAUGGAGGAACGUUGAUGUCGCCGCGUUCAUCACGCAAACGGCCGCGUGCUGAAUCAAGUGCUGCGGAUGAGAAACGCUCAUCGCCCAGCGCGCGAGCUGUCUCAGGACAGGAUAAGAUGCAUGACCCUGGCAGCAGUGGGAUAGACAAACAAGACAAGUGACCAGGGCUCAUAGAUGAUUUUCGAACAGUUUCUGUAUGCCUAUGUUUAUCUUGGACUCUGAAUUUCUUGUGCAGCGAUGUUAACGUACUUCAUGACGUAUGGGCUUGUCUGGACAUGCCGGGAUUAAUGCCACCUUGUUAUCGAUGUGUUCCCAUGGCACAUGCACCCCCGAUUCGUGGCAUGUUUGCAUAUGAUCAUAGGCUAGUAUUAUGAUGACCAAGCAGUAAGCCUUUUUUUGGGACUGUUGGUGAAUAAUACCUAUGUAGCUGAUGAUUUCAACAUUCCGAGUUGCGAUGAUAUGAUCGUGCCUGCAUCG